AUGACGCCCGCGCGUGGGAUCGCCGUAGUCGCGUGCGCGAUAGCCGUUAUCGCGGCGAUUCGCGACUCCGCCGCCGAUAGCGACCUCGCCGAUAGUGACGAGGAGGCGAUUCGUUUUUUGCAAAAUUACGGAUACCUAGAUGGCGAUAACGUGCAAACGAUAUCCGAUAACGCGACAUUGGCUUUGAGACACGCGAUCGCUUUUCCAGGAGUAUUAUCACAAGUUUCCGAGGAAAUGGGCGAAGACGCGCCUCGCUUGGAACGCUUUCACCUGGCGAGCGAGAGCGUUCUACGAGUCACCGAGGUCGCGUUCGAGAUGUGGGCAACGAAUUCGUCGCUAACAUUCGAGCGCGAUUCGAUGAAUCCCGAUAUCGUGCUAUCAUUUAGGAAGGGUUUUCACACGUUCGUAGAUUUUCGACAUCGAGAUAGCCGAAUAUGUCCGUUGCUGGACGGACCAGGAAACAUACUAGCUCACGCCUUUUUACCAUCGUCCAAAAUGUCGGAGGUGCAUGUGGAUAACGCGGAGAAGUGGCACAUCGAACUGACCGCUAAUCCUAACGAUACGAUUCAUCUACUGCAUACGUUGACGCAUGAGAUCGGCCACGCGUUAGGAUUACAUCACAGUCCUCAGAAAAUUUGA